GGCGUAUUUUUGUUUGUCAAGCGGGCGAGACCGUCACUCUCGUUCCGUCCCGCUUUGGUCGCCAGGUAGGAGAGAGUAGGGUAAGGUGAAAAAUCACCCACUACCGUUCCUUUUCCGUUCUUCCGAGUAGCAAAACGUAGUCGGGCAACUGAGAAUCUAGGGUUAUUGUCGGAUUUCUAUUUCCUUGUAGACUCGCCAUGGAAGAAGAAGAAGAUGGUUCACCGGGUGUUUACAGGCCUUCCAUGGAAGUUGAGCAGCAUUCAAUAGACGAAAAGUUGGAACAGGAUGAACAGGUUGAGGAGCUUCCUGACACUCGACAGCAUUGCGAAGCUGUUGGCGAGAUGGACGAUUCGCUGCUCCUCGGGAUUUCUCCGGUUGUUGCUGACGUCGCUGCUGUUGUCGUAGAAGAAGAUAUGCCCAUGACGGAAGUGGAGGUUGACACGGAAGAAGCUGAGGCUACAGAGACCAGCAGCAGAGGUGGCGGGAGACGUAAGCGAGGAAGGCAGUCGCGGGUUCAGACAAAAGCCCCUUCAAAGAAGAAAGAGGAAGAAGAUGUUUGUUUCAUUUGCUUCGAUGGUGGGAACCUCGUGCUCUGUGAUCGUCGGGGCUGCCCUAAGGCGUACCAUCCUUCUUGUGUCAAUCGGGAGGAGUCAUUCUUCCGUUCCAAGGGUCGCUGGAAUUGUGGAUGGCAUAUAUGUAGCAUCUGUGAAAAGUCUGCUCAAUUUAUGUGCUAUACAUGUACAUAUUCUUUGUGCAAAGCAUGCAUUAAAGAGGCUGAGUUCGUAUGUGUUAGAGGAAACAAAGGCUUCUGUGGAACGUGCUUGAGAACAGUAAUGCUGAUUGAAAAAAAUGAGCAGGGUCAAGUAGAUUUUGAUGACAAAACUAGUUGGGAGUAUCUUUUUAAGGAUUAUUGGGUAGAUUUGAAAGCAAAGCUGUCGUUAACUUUAGAUGAAGUCACACAAGCUAGAAAUCCAUGGAAAGGAUCUGAUGCAAUGGCUCAAAAGGAAGAAUCUUCUGAUGAUGUUUAUGAUGCUAACGAUGAUAAAGGUUCUAGUUCAGACAGCUCUACUAGGAACCUUGAAGUAAGCAGUUCUAAAAAAAGAAAGCCAAAAAAGCGACCGAAGUCCACCAAGGAUGUGGAUUCUUCAAGUGCAGCUGGAAAUAUUACUGAAGGAAUGUCUAUACCAGAUGGCACUGAGUGGGCUUCCAAGGAGCUCUUGGAAUUUGUUGCGCACAUGAAAAAUGGCGAUACAUCUGUUUUGUCUCAGUUUGAUGUUCAGGCUCUCUUGCUAGAGUAUAUUAAGAGAAACAAUCUUCGUGAUCCUCGUCGGAAAAGUCAAAUAAUUUGUGAUUCAAGGUUAGAAAAUUUGUUCGGGAAAGCACGUGUAGGGCAUUUUGAAAUGUUGAAGCUUCUGGAAGUGCACUUUCUUACGAAAGAAGACUCCCACCCUGAUUAUAUUCAAGAGGGUAUUGUUGACACUGAAGGGAGUCAGCUGGAGGCUGAUGAUAUUAAUGAUGCACCAAUGAAGGCUGGUAAAGAUAAGAGACGUAAAACACGUAAAAAGGGGGAUGAGAAAGAAUCACAAAUAAAUCUUGAUGAUUAUGCAGCAAUUGAUGUACACAACAUCAACUUAAUUUAUCUGCGACGCAACUUAAUGGAGGAGUUACUUCAAGAUGCUGAAACCUUUCAUGAGAAGGUUGUUGGCUCAUUUGUUAGAAUAAGAAUAUCUGGCAGCAGUCAAAAGCAAGAUAUGUAUAGGCUUGUUCAAGUUAUAGGUACCAGCAAGGUGGGAGAACCUUACAAGACUGGCAAAAGGACUACGAAUAUCAUGCUGGAAAUAUUAAACUUAGACAAGACAGAGAAAAUUUCUAUUGAUACAAUUUCCAAUCAGGAGUUCUCUGAGGAUGAAUGCAAGCGUUUACGCCAGAGCAUAAAAUGUGGAUUUAUUAAACGAAUGAUGGUGGGUCAGGUUCAGGACAAGGCCAUUGCCCUUCAAGUAGUGAGAGUUAAUGAUUGGCUGGAAUCUGAGAAAUUGCGGCUUAGUCAUCUUCGUGAUCGGGCCAGUGAAAAGGGGCGUAGAAAGGAGCUUAGAGAAUGUGUAGAAAAGUUGCAGCUUCUUAACACACCAGAGGAGCGUUCCCGUAGGCUACAGGAAGUUCCUGAAGUACAUACUGAUCCUAACAUGGAUCCAAGUCAUGAAUCAGAUGAAGAAGGAGAAAAUGAUGAUAGCAGGAGAGACAAUUAUGUGAGAUCAAGAGAUGCUGGAUUUGGUCGGAUUGGGAGGGAGCCAAUCUCUCCUGGUAAAGGAGGUUCAAUUUAUAAUGAUUAUUCAUGGAGUGGAGGAAGGAAAGAUUCUACCGCCAGCUGGGAACCAAGUAAAACUGUUUCUGGAAAAGGCUCCUUGGAUAGAGGAGAUGGUUCUAGCGUGCCGGUUGAGAGAACAGCUGAAGCUGCUUGGACCUUAGGAAGGGAUGUACACCAACCAAACACUUUUGCGAAACCAAAAACCCAGGUGGCUAUGACUGGUUCAGAUACUAGCGCUUGGACUAACCCAGCCGCUUCGAGAUCCGGUUCAUCAUCUGGGCUUGCAAAGGAGAGCCCAUCUUCACCUUCACUGCAAUUAUCUACUAUCAAUGAUACGGAGAAGAUGUGGCACUACCUGGACCCAGCUGGGAAAAUCCAAGGACCAUUUUCUAUGGUUCAACUGCGUAAAUGGAGCACAACUGGGUACUUUCCUGCUGAUCUGAGAAUAUGGAGAACAACUGAGAGGCGAGAUGACUCAAUCCUUUUGACUGAUGCAUUGAACGGGAAGUUCCAUAAAGAGCUGCCACUGUGGGACAACAGCUUUUCACAAUCUGAAAAGGCAACAGUUGCAUCUGAUGGUAGAGAAAAUAAUUGGGAUGGAUGGAGAGGGAACAGAAGUUCAUCACAGACAGAAAAAGUGCCAAACCCAAGUUGGAAGGAUUCAGGUAGCCGUGUUAAUGGUAAUGCUGAAUAUGCAAAAAAUGAUGGAUGGGCCUCUCGGUCAACUGGUUGGACUGCACAAGCAACAGAAGCUGUCAAUACCAAAGUACAGGGUGGAAAUUCUUCACUCGGGUGGGACUCUUCAAAGUCAAAUAGUUCUUGGUCUGGUCAGCCGCAAGUGCACAGCCCACAUCCGUCAUCCAGAAUGCCUUUGCAGCAAGGAAGAGAUGGUCAAGGUGGAGAUGGAUGUGGUUCUGGACUGAAUCAUGGAACUUGGAUUGCAAAUCGAUCCAGUGAGUUUCUGUCUAACAGUGGGUAUGGUCAUGAGAAGCGAUCUGGUAAUUGGGGUUCUUCAGGUCAGUCAUCUCUGGAAAGUAGAAAAUCUGAACUAGAAAACAGUAAGGGCUGGUCUACUCCGUCCUCAGUUGAGGCUCCUAAAUUUGCCAGAGAAGGGUGGGCUUCUGACCAUGGCAUUAGAAAUGAUUUGUCCAAUGUCCCAAUUCCCACUCCAACGCCAAAUAGCGCAGGCUGGAAUGGGGCCCAGGUUUCUGGAAAUAAAUUGCCAUCAACUCCUUUGGUUCCUAGUCAUCCUGCAAAUGCUUUUUGGGGACCAACUCAAAGCCCAGGAGUUAAUAUGGUGCAACAUUCUCCUGCUGCUGUUUCUGAACCCGUCAAGAGUGCAUCUGGUUGGGGUGAGCAACAUCAUAUUUCUGUAAAGCCGUCUCUUGGGGGAUGGGGCUCCCACUCUGAUUCUGCUUCUAUACCCAAACCAUUUGAGACACCCAAUCAAAGUGGCAAAAUUGAUUUCUCAAGUCCCCCAACUCCAACACCGAAGCUAAGCAGUGGUAUCUGGACAGGGGGUCAGAAUACUGGAAACAAAUGGGAUGCAAUGCCGACAGUUCCUGUCAACCAAACAAUCACUGGCUUGGGUGGUGCUCCUAACCAAGUGGAUGAUGGGAUACGAGAGCCAUCUUCCUCAGUAAAUGAGCCUAGUAAAGUUGCUGUUGAAUGGAGUGGACAGUCUCCCACCCCAGCAAAACCUUCUGUUGGAAAAGGGGAAUCAGAUUCUCGAUGCUCUACUCUUAAGCAAAAUGAAGCAACCAAUUCUCAUGAAGCCACUGCAUUUCUUCAACGUAGCCAAGUCAUGCAUAGUUCCAUCUCACUACCUGCUUCUGUAGAGCCAAGUGGGGAGAGGGACAGUUGUGAUGUGUCUAAUAAAACUAGUCUAGAGACGAGUGUUUCUGGAUCCAAUGAAUUAGGUUCUGUUCUCCCCACCAAAAAUAAAUUUGUACCGUCUCCCAGUGGCUCGGUUCCUAUCUCAGUGUCAAGUGGGAAGUCCUUGAUCCAUGGUCCUGAAACUGAUCUUCCGAGCUCACUUCAUGGCUCAGGUUCGUCACUUGACCUUGGAAAGGGUAAUCUAAGUUGUCCUGACGAUCAGCAAAUUCCUUCUGUAUCUACUGUGACAGAUGACUUACAGAGGGUUGCUCAGAUUGAUGUGCUUGAUAGUCAAAAGAAGCCAGGAACUAAUUCUCUUGAAGGUGCUGAAAGUGAUGCUGGUACGGUACCUAGUGAUUUUUCAGCUCAUGUUGGCAUGCAGAAAGGUGAGAUCUCAAAUAGCCAGCCAGACCCUUCGGCACCUCCUGUUGGAAUGGAGAUGAAUACAGUUGCUGACUUGGUACCAAGCAUUGGCUCAACAUCCAAAGCUGCUGAGUCCGGUUACCCAAACUUGGCCUCAUCUGUCAGUAGUUUUAAGCCUCUGGAUGAAACUGGUUCUAAGCAGAAGCAAGAGAUUGUUGGUUCGAGUACAGGACUAGGGCUUGAGUCUCAUGGAUGGGGAGCUCCUUCAGCCCUGAAGCAAGAACCACCUACUUCAAGUCCUAUACCUAUGCUUGCAGCUCAAAAUCCAGGACCAACUUAUGGCCAGUGGGUUGGUGGUCAAUUUUCUGGCAAUACUGCUGCUGCAUCCUAUGGCACAGCUAAUCAAGCUGGAAAUCUUCCUAAUCCAAGCUCGUCAGUUCCUGAAUUGGUUCCCUCUGGUAGCUGGGUGCAACCAUCCGGUACACACGGAAUUAAUUGGUCCACCCCAUCAGCAGCAGCUCCACCUAGGAACCCUGUGGGUUGGGAUGUAGCUCCUGGUGCUUUUCAUGGCAUCACUCAAAUCAGUUCCUUCGCUCCAGUUGAUACUCAUAAGCCUCCUGGGUCAGGUAACAUAUUUGAAAGGAGUUCAAGUGCCCAGCCCUCAUUGCCAACCAACCAUCUUUGGGGCGUGGGAGCUACAGAGAAUCCAGUCAACGCCAGGAAAACAACUCAAGAAAAUUCAAAUGCUAGUUGGAGCCAGCCACAAGGAAAUGCUAACAUGGGCUGGGGAGGAUCAGCACAAGGAAGUACAAACACUGUCUGGGGUGCUGGUCAGGGUACAACUAUGGAGGGAAAUAUGAACAUGGGUUGGAGCACAACAGGGGCACCAGCUGGAAAUCCGAGCAUGUGGGCAAGCCAGCAGAAACACAAUGGAGAGAGGUUUUCUGGCCAGGGGGUUCAGGGUGGUGAUUCUGGUCGUGGUGCUGGCAGUGGUAGGCCAUGGAACAGGCAAUCGUCAUUUGGUGGUGGGUCUUCUAGGCCUCCUCAGAAGGGGCCAAGAGUGUGCAAAUUUCAUGAAAGUGGGCAUUGCAAGAAAGGAGCAGAAUGUGAUUAUUUGCAUACGUGAUUCGGGGGAUAUAACGACAUGGUUACUGUUUUGUACAGUCAAUUCAAUCUUAGUAUUUUACAGUCUU